GCUCGCCAAUCUUGCAACGACUUUCCCCACUCCUUCUUCUUCCCGCCUCUGCCCUUCCAUGCGCACCGGACACGCAUCUCUCUCUCCACAGCGGACGGUGCAUGCAGGGGGGCAAGAACUACAAGAAGUCCACCAUGGAAUAGGAAUACCACCUUGGACUAUAUACACUGUACACGGGAGGGAAAGAUUUAUCCUCUCUUUUUUUUCUAACGUCUUUUCCCCCUCUUCGUCCCUCUCAAUGUCUCUCAACACUUUCUGAAGGGACCCAAGUAAAGAAAAAUGAGGAUUAAUAUUUUCUCUUGGCACUUUCUGGGCUUGUGUUCCGUCCUCUGGGGGUUGGCGACAGGAGCGUUCCCCAGCUCAGUACAGAUCGGCGGGCUGUUCAUUAGGAAUACUGAUCAGGAGUACACAGCGUUUCGACUAGCUAUCUUCCUUCACAACACCAGCCCUAAUGCCACGGAGGCUCCCUUUAACCUGGUCCCACAUGUGGACAACAUAGAGACGGCCAACAGCUUCGCAGUCACUAAUGCAUUCUGCUCUCAGUAUUCAAGGGGAGUCUUCGCCAUUUUCGGCCUUUACGACAAACGCUCAGUCAACACACUGACAUCAUUCUGUGGGGCCCUGCACAUCAGCCUAGUGACACCCAGCUUCCCCACGGAAGGAGAGGCCCAGUUCACCUUGCAGCUGCGGCCGUCCAUCAGAGGGGCUUUGCUGUCGCUGUUGGACCACUACGACUGGAAUCGAUUUGUCUUUCUCUACGAUACUGACAGAGGUUAUGCAAUCCUGCAGGCAAUCAUGGAGCGAGCAGGGCAAAACGGCUGGCAAGUGAGUGCAAUCUGCGUGGAGAGUUUCAACGAGGCUGGAUACCGCCGACUCUUAGAAGACCUGGAUCGACGUCAAGAGAGGAAGUUUGUCAUUGACCUGGAGCUGGAGAGGCUGCAGAGCAUGUUAGAACAGGCAGUCAGUGUGGGAAAACAUGUAAAAGGCUACCAUUACAUCGUAGCAAACUUGGGAUUUAAGGACAUUUCUCUGGAAAGGUUCAUGCACGGUGGAGCCAAUGUGACUGGUUUCCAGUUGGUUGACUUCAGCAAGCCUAUAGUCAUUAAACUGAUGCAGCGUUGGAACAAACUGGAUCAGAGGGAAUACCCUGGAUCGGAAAGCCCACCGAAGUAUACCUCAUCUCUAACAUAUGAUGGUGUGUUAGUGAUGGCCGAGGCCUUCCGCACUCUCCGCCGUCAGAAAAUCGAUAUCAGCCGACGCGGAAACGCUGGAGACUGCUUGGCCAAUCCCGCUGCACCCUGGAACCAAGGAAUAGAUAUGGAGCGAGCACUUAAACAGGUGCGCAUUCAGGGACUGACUGGCAAUAUACAGUUUGAUCACUUUGGACGGAGAGUUAACUAUACCAUGGACGUGUUUGAACUGAAGAGCAAUGGACCACGCAAGAUUGGUUACUGGAACGACAUCGAUAAACUUGUCUUGGUGCAAAAUGAAAACUCCCUGUCCAAUGACAGCUCAGCAAUGGAGAACCGGACCGUAAUUGUGACGACCAUCAUGCCUCUGAUGAAGAAGAAGCCUCUGCUGCGACACUGAAGACACAGCAGCACAACGCACCUCACCCCCGAGUCCCUGGCCUUAUGGAGAAAGACACACAAAGACUGAUAGACCGAGUGUCUCUAAAGCUCUGCAUUUUAUGUGAAUUCUUGCUUUGGCCAUAGGAGGUCUAUACUCUACUGAAUGGCAUUCUAGUUAUACGUAUAUGGUCAUUAUAGUGUCGCUAGAACAUAUCUUGUCUUUUUUGUGGUGUACAGUCGUCCCUCGCAACAUUGCGGUUCCAUCAUCUCUCCCUCACUCUUUUUUUUUUUUGUCGUGGUUGAAUACGGACUGUUUUUUUAAGCAUAUUGAAGCAAAUUGAAGCAUAAAAAUGGCUAAAUGAAGUAAAGUCCAAAUAUAAGGCGUUAAGACCCCAUUGAAAUUGUGAAUGUUGUAUUCUACAUUGGUCAUAAGGUGUAAUUAUUAUAGUAAUUGUUAGGUGAGACACUUGAUCCCCGCAACAACAGGCUUUUAUUGUAGGUUUAAAUGAUCUCACAACAGGGACAAUAAUAAUAUGGUCCACUACAUAACUAGUGAUUGGACACUCACUACACAAUACCAUAGGUAAGCUUACAUUUAAGUAUUUUGAUUUAUAUGGGUUAAGGUUUGUAGCUGUCUAUACAAGACUCCACUGAUUUUAAUUAAAAAUAUCAUUAUACAUGUGAAGGUCCAUAUCGCCCAACCCUAAUAAUAAUCUUCAUAAUUAUAACAGGUUGUUGUAUACUGUUAUACUGCUGCAGUCACAGCCUUCAACAAGCUCUCAACUUCACUUCCUGUCCUCCACACAGAGCACAGUUACUGUGACGCACACAAGCACAGGUCAUAUUUAUAUCUUAAAUUGAUCGUUUUCAUUUAUUAUAUCUAUGGUAAUGGUAAUGGUUUUUAUUUCGUUUGAACAUGCAUCAGAUUACAAUUGAGUGCAUCCCAUAAUCAGUUCACAGUUCCACAUGUCCAAAAGGAGUAGGAAGAAGCAAAGCUUAUUAAAUCCUACCCCUCCAUCUGGUACUUUUACAAUCAGUAACUGUUACAUUUGUUCACUUCCUGCUUUCCAUAAUACAGUUUAAGGUUUUUUUUUUUUUUUAAUAAUGUACCUCGUACCAAAGUACGAGGUGAUAUGACCAUCCAAUGACAUAAUGGGUACCAUAGUAGGUGUCAAUAUAGUGAUAUAUAUAGCACAUCAUGACUGGUUCAAGACUCUUCAUCCUUGUAUUUAGCAAACAUCAACUGCUUGUAUUGUUUCUUGAAUUGGCUCAUCGUUGUGCAUUGUUUGAAGGUCUUACUCAAUCCAUUCCAUAGUUUGAUUCCACAUACUGAAAUGCUAUGGCUUUUUAACGUAGUCCUAGCAUAUAAGUGUUUCAAAUGUAGUUCUUCCCUGAGAUCAUAUUUCUCCUCUCUUGUAGAGAAGUAUUGGAUGACAUUUUUAGCUAAUUGGUUAUUUUUAGCCUUAUGCAUUAUUUUUGCUGUUUGAAGAUGAACUAUAUCAGCAAGUUGAAGUAUUUGUGAUUUUAGAAAUAAGGAGCUAGUAUGUUCUCUGUAGGCGGCAUUAUGAAUUAUCCUUACUGGCCUUUUUUGCAGUUCAUUUAGCGAGUGAAGAUUGCUUUUGUAGUUAUUGUUAUCUACUAUUUAAUGUCAUUCAAUGUCUAGAAAGCUCUAGUAAAAACAAACAAAAUCCUACUCUGCAAAAAUUCACAUUUUACAGUCGGGUCUAGAACUUAUUAACCACAAUAAACGAGGGAUUACUGUACUGUAUAUCUAUAAAAAGGGGGUCAGUAUUCUGCCCCGAAUGUCCCCAUAGAGGAGGUAUGCAUCCCAAGCGUAACAAAUGCAAUGGGUCCACGAAUGUAUGGUUGGAGUAGUGAGGUUAUACUCCUUCAUCGCUGAAGAAUGUGAAUGAAGUACACUAAACUACUGUUAACUUGAUGGGAAGCCUCAUGUUACCACACGACCAGUCGUCCAUCAUUUUUUGUAAAUCUACUCACCCAGUGGAGGAACUGUGAAGGUCUCAACAUGAAGCCGAGGCCAAAAUUUUAAUGUACUGUUUUGCCAGGUGAACAAGUGACACAGUCAGAAUUUAACCUUGAAUAUUAGGAUCGACAUUUUAAAAUCUCACUCCCACCUCCAAUUAUGUGAAGUGACCUCUCGAGCUCAUAGCCAGCAGCCACUGAUGCGACACAGACAGCAGCAUUAUCACUUAUACACAACUGACGGACUCAAAGUGACAUAUGGGCCCAUUUACACACUCAGCCGGCUGCCUCCAUGUAGAUCAUUCAUGCAUGCAUGCCUUUACGCCUCCGCACAAUAAAUAUCACAAACACUACCUGGAAGAGUAAAGUGCACUAAUGGUGAUCGAUUGUUAAGUCGAGUGGUGUUUCAUUUUGUGCUUCGCAUGCAGUUGCUGUUUGUAUUACAAACGCCAACGACAUGGCAAUGUCUUAUUUAUGUUGUUUUCUGGCUUUGGUUUUAUGGCUCGUAAAAAUGCUGUGUUUGGGAUUUUAUGUGCUUAAUAUUUAAAUAUUUGACAACAACGUUUGAUUAAACAAGGACAUUCGGUUUUAUUGUGCAAUCCAAGUCAGAUAUACCAAAAUGACUUUUUCUGUUGUGAACACAGCCUAAAGGCUCCGUCCCACUGCGCCAUUUAAUAAUUCUGUCUGAAAAACAAAGGAAUAUGUUUUUGGACUUUUUCAUAUUUAGAUGUUGACAGAUGUUGCUAGAGGUUCCAAACUUUGAAAUAUGUUCCAAAUUUCCGACAUCAACUACCGGUGACAUAGACGAGCGAUGUCGCUGACUUCUGGUUCCUGUUCCUGUGUAGUGACAAGCUAAUAGGAUUCUAACAAGGAUGUUUUGUCAUUAAAAAUACAUUAAGAGCACAGCUGGACUCAUGCAGGAUAUUUACAACGUGACAAGUUGCGCACCAUAUUGUACACUAACCAAAAAACAUGCUAAACGGGGUGGACACUAACUGAGGUUCAACCAUAUUUACAUGUUUCACCUGCUAAGUCGCUUGCGGGACUUAGUAAAUUCCUUGCUCAGGUAUGAUAGUACUCCAAAAUAAACAGGAGAUAAAAAUGAUCCAAAUAUAAAUUCAAAACAUAAAUUGUGAAUUGUCUACAAUUUACUGUACAACUAUUGUGAUGAGGCGACAAAUUGGGUGUAAUUCAGACAUUUUUCCGCCGUUUCGUUUGUUACGUGGCGUUGACUAUUCCGUCAUCUGAGCUCAAUGAAAAUAUUCAUACUUAAGCAGAUGACUUUCAGACAUAUUUAGGAGGUAGACUACAAUUUAGGCUACACAAGUGAAAGAUUUAGACUACAACUUAUUUCAGGACGCAGACAGAAUUGUUCAACAGCAGCAUGGGUCAGACUCUAAAAUAACAUGUUACAAGUGUAAGAAGAAGUUAACCACAUAUGUUCUUUGCUCCAGGGUUUCGCGACAAAGUACACACGUGUAAUAUUCCUGAAAUGUUCGGUUUAGGCUGCACGGUGGGCGAGUGGUUAGCCUGCAGGCCACACAGCUAGGAAACCAGAGUUCAAUUCCACCCUCGUCCAUGUCUGUGUGGAGUUUGCAUGUUCUGGGUUUUCUCCGGGUACUCCGGUUUCCCCCCACAUUCCAAAAACAUGCUAGGUUAAUUAGCGACUCCAUAUUGUCCAUAGGUAUGAAUGUGAGUGUGAAUGGUUGUUUGUCUAUAUGUGCCCUGUGAUUGUGAUUGGCGACCAGUCCAAGGUGUACCCCAAAUCUUGCCCGAAGUCAGCUGGGAUAGGCUCCAGCAACCCCGUGACCCUCAUGAGGAAAAGCGGUACAAAAUGAAUGAAUGAAUGAAUGAAUGUUCGGUCUAGACUGCACGGCGGUCUAGUGGUUAGCACGCAGGACACACAGCUAGGAAACCAGAGUUCAAUUCCACCCUCGGCCAUGUCUGUGUGGAGUUUGCAUGUUCUCCCCGUGCAUGCGUGGGUUUUCUCCGCGUACUCCGGUUUCCUCCCACAUUCCAAAAACAUGCUAGGUUAAUUAGCGACUCCGUAUUGUCCAUAGGUAUGAAUGUGAGUGUGAAUGGUUGUUUGUCUAUAUGUGAUUGGCUGGCGACCAGUCCAAGGUGUACCCCAAAUCUUUCCCGAAGACAGCUGUGAUAGGCUCCAGCACCACCGCGACCCUCGUGAGGAUAAGCGGUAGAAAAUGAAUGAAUGUUUUAAUUGAUUUCAUUUUAAAUUGCUUGACAUUUACUAAGCUAAAAUAUGGACACAAUUCUGCUACACGGUCGAUUUUUUGCUCAUAAAAAAAAUUGACUAAAUAUUCAUGACAACUAGCUCCUCUAACAAUUAAAAAUAGGACAAUGCUAACGAGGUCCUCUGUUGGAGAAGCUAAGUUGGGUUGACUCGACCGAACGAUAAAACGACACAGUAGCUAAAUUGUUGAAGUGUUUUGCUCUUUGUCUGUCUAAAUAGCUCAGAGACAAUCACCGACUCACUGGGCCGAUACACCAGCGAGCGGACGGUUAUGUGCUGUAAUUUGACUAAUUGAGGAAUGAAUAGACUUAUUAUCCAGCUGACAGACUGAAAUAGGCUGUGACCGUUUGGCUCGACCCUCCGGCCAUGGCAGUGGACGGCUCGUAGCGUGAUUAAUGUCUACGUCGUUGGCUAACUCAUUACGUGACAGUCUGGCUUUUUUGGAAUAGUGUUGACUGAAUGACUGGACGCUUAGUGUGCAUCUGUGCGCCCUGACAAGCUCACACACGGCGGGUCUUGUCUGCCUCUUUGGGAACCAAUUGGGAACCUUUUAUGUCUUAUCAGCCCAAACCAUUUGCUCCUACAAAGCUCAGCACACCAACUUUUUUAUUUUUUACUUCAUAUCCGUUUGGUCCAUUUGUUCUUACACAUUAUGUUACUCCCCCCUUCGCCGUCUCGCCUUUAUCGUACUUUGUCUUUAUCUCAGUUUCACACUGUUUCAAAUUCACAUUCUGCCCAUGUCCGUCUCUGUUUGGAUUCUGAUCUGCCCCUUCAUCUUAUAAUCUCUCAUUCUAUAUGAACGCAUUCUAUAUGUCACGUUCUCUUCAGUAGAUUUCCAUUUAUAGAGUUUGAUAAUUACUCUCAUUUUUGACCCCUUUUGCCUCUUCCUACUUGGCCUUCCAUGACUCUUGACAUGAUAUUAGUACACCAACAAGCGUGAUGCUGUUCUCUCAGCAGCAAGCGCACACACACGCAGCAUCAGCGUUACCUUCACACUGAGACAAAGGCAUCUGGGGCAAACUGAUAAGAAACCUUCAGGAGAAUUUAAAGUGAAACUGGCAGUGUUCCCAUUCAUGUGUGUGUGUGUGUGUGUGUUGCUGAUUUGGCUGAUCAAAUUUCAAGCACUUAACCUUCCAACAGGAUGAACUUGAGGGGCAAUUUGAAAGUGAUUGUGUUUUCCUUGUUAGCACUAAUUGAUCAAAUCAUGACAUGAAUGGUGAAUAAAUGAUUAAAAAUGAAGGCAAUAUGAAGUUAUUGCUAUGAAGCAGUGGUUAUUUAAUACUUGUUUUUUGUAUACGUAUAUACAUGCCUAAUUAUGUACUGUUGGAUCAACACUUUUGAGUAGUACAAAAAAUAUUUUGAGUGCAGGCGCUCUUGUCAUGCCAGUAAUGCUGGAUGCCAUCGGGAUCGUCAAGGUUAGAUUUUUUUCUAAUCAGAUAACAUUUCCUCCACCUUUCGAUGUCACAUUUUUGGUGUGCUUCUGCAAAUUCCAAAUGAGCAAUUUUGUGGCAUUGAAGGAAAUGAGACCCAAUCUCAUCAGAUCUUGUGACCGAAGUUAUUUUGUAUAAAAUAGUUCUAGAAAUAACGUUACUUUGUAUUUCAUUGUAUAUGAAACCAGUCAGUGUUCUUCCGUCUAAUCACGGCAUCAUUAUUAAGGAGUAGUCCCAAACUGAUCCCGUGCCGUAUUAAUCCUGUUAUGCUAUUGGGCAGGGGUGCUCAUUAAGUCGAUCACGAUCUACCGGUCGAUCGCGGAGGUGGUACUGGUCGAUCGCUGGUCGAUCGCGGCGUGACAUUAAAAAAAUAUCAUCCUAGCAUCAAUGCCGUCACUUGAUUGAUAUACAGGGCAGCCAUUCAGAUGACAACUGAAUGUUGCCCUUCGGGCGACCAAUCAAAUCAAACAACGUCUCUAAGUGCAGCAGAACUUACAAUGUCAGCCUAUCAUCCAUCCCCGUUACUUGAUUGACAUACAAGACAACCAGUCAGAUGACAACUGAAUUUUGACCUUUAGGUCACCGCUCAUGCGUAAACAACGAUGCAAAGUGCUAAGCUAGUCGGCGAAUUGCGUCAGAUUUUAAGCCCUCGCUAAAGUUUAUGGUCACUAAAAUGAGUGAAGGAGCUGGACCAAGUAAAAAAGGCAAAAACAUAUCACUUCCAUACGGAAUGGGAGGUGGACUUUUUUUUUCACAAUGUCUUUUUCGAAGUGCGUUUGCCUCAUAUGCCAUUCUACCAUCGCAGUACCAAAGAAAGGAAAUGUGGAGCGGCAUUUUCGGACUGUUCAUGGAAGAUAAGAUACGAUUUGAGAAUAAAUAGAUGUUUUGCAUUUUUGUAGUGGGUAGAUCAUUUUGACUCGGUCAUUUUAAAAGUAGCUCGCAUGCUGAAAAAGUGUGAGCACCCCUGCUAUUGGGAGUAUAACACGAGUAUCGUUUUUUGGCAGUUCUCUGCCAAAACACUAGGGGCAGUGUUUUUCUGACAGUGAUCAAACACAGCUUCCUUUUUAGUACUAGUAAACAAUGGCAAAGUUCAACGCCACAUCCAGAUUGUUGUUGGAAAUUGAACUUUUUCUUCUUGAAACACUUUUAUUGGACAUAUUGAGUUUAGAUAUUUUUGUUUGUGUAUGUCGAGCUCUGCCAGAGUUUAUAGAGGGGGAGGAACCAGAAGACGUUGCUUAUGCCAUGACGCUGUCUCGUUUCUUGAUAUUUUUAAAGAGACCAAAUGAAAUGUAUUCACAAUUAAGAAUGUUAAUUUGAAUCAAACAGCAUAUGAGUUACACAUUUAAAUGAUCUCCACCUCCGGUUGGGAAUUCUCCGGGUGACAUUCCCGGUCAUUGAACAUCUUAUGAGGACGGCAGUGUUGAUCUAGAGGACGCACGUCUGCUGUUCAUUAAUUUCAUGAUUCAUGUUGAGUCAGUGAAAUGAGUGCCCUGGGACCUGCUAAUGUUUCUGAUAAUGUCAUUAGUGGCGAAACGUUUCUAUAAUUUUUCUGACACAAUAGGGCAAUAUAGUUAUUUGUUGGUAAAAUUAAAGUAGAUCAAACUGCAAAAUAUAUUAAAAUCAUAAAUUUAGAUCGUACGCACACGUGGCAAAACAUACUUUGCUUGGGCUUACUUCACACCUAAAGUCCAGCAUGUUUGGCUAGUGUGAAUGCACACACACACACACGUACACACUCACACAAUGUAGCCGACUCAUAGAAUGACUGUCAUGCAAUCACAAGGAGACUUCAAAUAAUCCAAAAGUCAAACUGUUACUACAUUUGCAUGCGUAAUAAAGGCACUUAAUUCGAAAUAAUCCACAAAGUCAGGGAAAUUGCGGUACUAGAGCAGUACUUCAUCACAUUUGAAGUAAAUACUUAGGCAUAAAUCUGAAUUUCCUUGCAUUGUUUCAAAGCUGGGUUGCACAGUUGUCUGGUGGUUAGCGUACAGACCUCACAGCUAGGAGACCUGAGUUCAAUCCCACCCUCUGUCAUUUUUGUGUGGAGUUUGCAUGUUCUCCCCGUGCAUGCGUGAGUUUUCUCCGGGUACUCCGGUUUCCUCCCAUAUUCCAAAAAAAAAACAUGCUAGGUUAAUUAGCGACUCCAAAUUGUCCAUAGGUAUGAAUGUGAGUGUGAAUGGUUGUUUGUCUAUAUGUGCCCUGUGAUUGGUUGGCGACCAGUCCAGGGUGUACCCCGCCUCUCGCCUGAAGACAGCUGGGAUAGGCUCCAGCACCCCCCACUACCUGCUAUAUAAAAAACUUGUUUGCUAUUUUCAAUUAAAUGUACUGUAAAUGCAAAAAAAAUAUCUAAUGAUUAUUGAAAAUUAUUGGUACAACUUUGGCAAGAUUAAACCAAUUGGUGAAUAGAAUUCAUAGUUAUCCUAUGCUCUGAUGUGUUACCCACAUAGUUGAGGCUCGUUGGAGCUUGAUAUCUUGAUAAAUCAGAGAUUUGUCUUUGAUUAAAAGGGGUUCAAUAGCCUUUUAAUAGGCUUGCUUCGGUUGGAUUACAAGGGCAGCAGCCUCAGGCAUAAUACAAUAUCUCACCACUGAUGAUGGAUGUGCCAUCACUCACAAGCGUGUGUGUGGGUGUAUGAGGGAGCGUGCUUGAUUUCUAAUGUUUAAUGCGCACCUACCAAACCAUUAAGCUCACUUGUUACUUUCAUCUUUAGAAACCGUACACUGACAAAAGUCAUUUUGCCUCUCACAACGCAUCUUCAAAGCAACGUUCCCCCCCCUUGAGAAAAUCUCUCCCUCUCAGCAUCAGCAUCAGUGUAGCACUGAGUCAGGUUCACAUCCCAGUGGAGGCAGAUCAAGACUUGAAAUAAGUCAGUGACACUUCACAUAGAAGCCAUCCAGCUAGAAGAACUGAUGUAAUAUUUCAUUUUGCAUGGAUUUUCUCUUUUAAAAUAAUAAUAAAAAAUGUGUUUUUCUACUAAGAACAAAUAUGUGUUCAUGUCAUUCUAUUAUUUUACCUGUACUAUGUAUGUAUUGUAGUAAGAAUUGUGUAUUUAAUGUGUAUCUAACAUUUCUUUGAUGUUUAUGAGAUUAAUGCUUACUUCAUCACUCGGAAAUAAAUACAAUAUGAGUCUAUUUGUGUCUCA